UGUUCCUUAAUCGUAUUCUUACAGCCAAGGAGAGAUUAACAGCGUGGCGAGGCGACCAUUUUAUUCAACCGGAGAAAAUCAUACUCCCAAACUUCCGGUUGAGUUGACUCUGUAACACUCACUGUUUUGGCCAUGUCCUCUUCUUCUUCCUCAACCGCCAUAGCACCCACCUUCCUUUCCACCAGAACUCCAACUCUCUUUGGCGCCACACCCACUUCGGCAAGAGCCUCCUUUCUAAGCUUAAGAUUAAGGCCAUCGCCAUCGCUUAACAGGCUUCUCUUCAAAAUCCCACCUGGUUCUGUCAACCGAAGCUCGAUCCUCACUGGCGUCAGACCUUUUUCCCCUGUCAUGGAGUGGCAGGAUUGCACUGUUAAGAGGGAAAUGGACGUGCCUGCUUCAGUUGCCUAUAAAUGUUACUCUGACCGUGAAGCCAUUCCUCGUUGGAUGCCCUUUAUUUCAACUGUAACGAUUUUGGAAGACAAGCCUGAUCUAUCACGGUGGUCACUGAAGUAUAAAGCUUUUGGCCGUGAUAUUGAAUUUUCGUGGCUUGCUAAAAAUAUGCAGCCCAUUCCAAAUCAGAAAAUUCACUGGAGAUCUAUGGAGGGUCUUCCUAACAGAGGUGCUGUUCGAUUUUUUCCAAAGGGUCCUUCAUCAUGCAUAGUAGAAUUAACAGUGUCAUACGAAGUACCUCAAAUUUUGAGUCCGGUAGCAUCAGCUCUGCAACCAUUUCUUGAAAGCCUACUUCAACGCGGUUUAGAACGGUUUGCAACAUUUGUGAAAAGCUACUCGAAGACUUGAAACAUUGAUGUGGAACUUUGCCAAAUAUGGAGUUUCUCUGAUGCAGAUAAAUGUGGCUGAAGAUAGUACGUUUUACUGAUAUGAUUUGCAAAUGGUAUUAUUGUAUUCUUGCCCCUUCUCUUAUUGGGCAUACGCUUGUACAAACUUUGCUACAAGUAAAAUAAUAUACAAACAAUUUCAUCAAA